AUACCAAACGAUUUCGUCUAAAAAAGUAAAAUGAGGUUAGCUUCGUGUCAAGAAAAUUGACCUCCACUCCGCGGUGAAUCUCUUCCUCCAGGAGCGUUCAGUACUUGUUCAUUGUUCAAGUGUGUUAAGUGUCAAGCAGAGAUGCCUAAAAUCCACUUGAUCAUCCUAGCAUUGCUGGCUUUUGCCUCCCUGUCCGCAGGGGACAAGGACAAGAAGCACAAGUCGCACAAGCCAGAAAACAAGUACUCCGCUGAGCUGAAUCUUCCGGAAAGUGAAAAAUACGACAUGCGGCAGAUUCAGCGUCCCUUCCGCAUGGCCAAGCUCAAUUUGGUGUGGACAAAGGCACAGCAAAGAUUAACUGAACCCAAAUUGAUAAGCCUGUACACUGAGCUGAAAAUCCAAGAUAAAGAGGAGAUUGCGUGGAAGCAGCUCAGUGGGCAGAACAAGGACAAGGAGGGAUUGAAGGAAGCUGAGCUGAGGAAGAAGCUGAUUGGGAUUAUGAGUACUUAUGGGCUUUUGGAGCAUUUCGAUGAGACUCAGAAUCCGGAGAAGUACAAGGAUUACAAAGCAUUCCAUGGGCCUGUGGACAAUUACAAGAACAAGAGUCUGUUUAAGGAUAAGAAGCUGAAUAGACUCUGGGAAAAGGCCGAAGUUGCUGGAUUUUCUCCGGAUGAACUGCAGGCUCUCAAGGAGGAAUUUAUGCACCACCAGGAGAAGGUGGAUUUGUAUUAUGAGCUGUUGGAUGAUGUCACAAAGAACCAGGGAAAGAGAGAUCAACACGUCAACGCGGUCAAUGAGGAUGAAAUUGAGAAAUUCAAUGAAAUUGGAACAGCUGAAGAUUUGGCAGACAGCAGAGCCCAGAAACACGAUGAAUACUACCAUGCAGCCAAUGAUCUGAGGGAAAAGCACCGGGCUGUUAGAGAUAGCUUCGAUCGACUGGAGAGAAUCACUGCCAAGGGACCAAAUAGCCAGGAUUUUGUGGAGCCAAAAGUGCAAGGAUUGUGGAAAGUAGCAGUUAACAGUGACUUCUCUCCCGAUGAACUUGCCUCCCUCAAAGUGGAGCUCCUCCAUCUGGAAUCGCGUCUCCUGAAACUGCGCCAUAUGAACGCCGAGCACGCGAUAUCCCUCGAAAAGUACAAGCAGUCCAGCAAGCAUCUCGACAAGCACGAGAAGAUCUCCAUGAUGGAGGACAACAUCAAGAAGCAAUCCCGCAAAGUGGAGAAGCUGCAUGAGGAUCUGGAGAAGAGGAUCUUCAAGCAUUCCGAACUCUAAAACUUUCCGGAAAGCAACAUAACCUCGAAUCUCUGCUGCGGUGCCAAAAA